CAACUCCGUUCUUCCUUUUGGCAGAAGAGCAUCUUUCAAGUUUCAACAAUGGCUUCCCAAUCCCUCGUCUCCUUCUUACUUUUCCUCUCUUUCUCCUCCCCUUCUCUCAUUUCCGUCAUCGCCGAACACGACUUCGUUCGCCCGAUCGAUCGGAAGGUCCUCGGUCUCAAGAACAAAUCUGAGCACUUCCGAUUCUACUGGCACGACAUCCUCAGCGGCGAAAAACCCACCUCCGUCCCAGUCGUUGCGCCGCCGAUCAACUCCACCACUGGUUUCGGACUGGUGAACAUGAUCGAUAAUCCCCUGACGUUAGGUCCGGAAUUGAACUCCACAGUGGUGGGAAGAGCUCAAGGGUUUUACGCGUCGGCGUCGCAGAGCGAAGUAGGGCUUAUGAUGGCGAUGAAUUUCGCGUUCAUGGAAGGGAAGUACAACGGAAGCACCAUCACGGUGCUGGGGAGGAACCCGGUGUUCAACAAAGUGAGGGAGAUGCCGGUGAUCGGAGGAAGUGGGCUUUUCCGAUUUGCCAGAGGAUACGCGGAAGCUCGAACCCACUGGUGGUCUCCCGCUUCCGGGGACGCCACCGUCGAGUACAACGUCUAUGUUAUGCAUUAUUGAUGCUUCUUCUAAUUUAAUUUCAGACUUCGGUUUUUUUUUUUUUGGGGUUAAUUUUGGGUGUUAAUGUCAUAGUCACAGGGCUCUCAUAGUUAUUGUGGAUGUGAUUAUGAGUUGGGCUUUUGCUUUAAUUAUUAUUUUUCUGAGUCAUAAUGAGG